CCAGCCAGAUCUAGUCCAGCUCCAGCCAGGGUUUCAUCCAAUUCCAUUUAGUUAAGCGCAGCACAGUUUUUUUAUAUUUAUUCCAAAUUCCAAUAUUGAAGACUUCUUCAGAGUUUGGAAAACGAGACAGAGGAAAAAGUCUGGUAGAAUUUAUUCCCAAUUAUUAGGAUUUAUUGGAGUUAUCUGCAAAUUUUUAAGGAUUGCAAUAAUAAAUACAAGUAUCUUUAAUUAAGAAAUGGAUCAACCCAUGUCUCUAGAAGAAAUUGAAGCAAAACACAGGAAGGAAAAGAAAGAAUUGCAAGCUCAAAUACAAGGGUUAAAAAAAAUAGCUAAAAACGAUAAGACAAAAAAAAAAGAAUUAACAACAGAAAUAGCUAAAUUAGAGUCUGAGCUAGAACUCCGGCAUAAGGAGGAGCUGGCUGCACUUGAGAAUGCUCCAGGGGAACCUGACGACACUGCAUCUCUUGAAGACGAAGAUGAAGUACCCAAUGUAAAGCAAGUGAAGGUUAGUAAAGCUCAAAAACGACGAGAUAAAAAGCAACAACAGGAAAAAGAAAGAGCAGAACAAAUAAAAUUACAAGAAAAGGAUAACCUACAUGGACCAAGAAAUAUUGAAAUUCAAUCAAUAAUGAAUAAAUUAAAAGAAAGGAAGUUGUCAAUAUUCUCAAUACCUUCUGAUGGAGAUUGCCUUUACCAAGCUGUGGCGCAUCAACUACAUUGUACUAGAUCUAAAACAGUGUCGGUAGAAGAUCUGCGGAAACAGGUUGCAACAUUUAUGAGACAAAACAAAGAAGAUUUUCUCCCAUUUAUGAGCAAUCCAAAUACGUUUGAAAUGCUCACUGAAAGUGAAUUCAAUGACUAUUGCGAUGAAAUUGUAAACACCAAGGUGUGGGGUGGCCAGCUGGAGAUUCGAGCAUUAUCUAAUUCAUUGAAAUGUCCCAUCAAUGUUAUCCAAGCCUCUGGGCCAGAGUGUAUAGAGCAAGGAGCGGAGUUUGCCGGGCCUCCAUUAAUCAUCACAUAUCAUAGACAUAUGUACAAAUUAGGGGAGCAUUAUAACUCAACCCAGGCAAUAUGUGAAAGUGAUAGCUAAGAUGGAUUUUAUAGUUUCACUCUCUUACAACAUUUAGUUUACUUUUUACUGUCAUACAGAAUUUUGUGUUAUUAAAUUGCAAUAAUUUCUUGCCAUCUAUCUAUGUAGCCCCUUUGUUCUGAGUUAGAGUAUAUCUCUAAACUCAGUGUGCCGCUUGGCAAAGGCCUCCUCUAGCUCUUUCCAUUGAGUUCUGUCGUGGGCCACUCUCCUCCAGUUCGGGCCCUC